AUGAUUGUCCUAGUCUUUGCCAGUCAUGCUGCUCUCUCAGUCCGAGCUCUGGAAAGCGUGCCUGGAAUACAUUUCCAGACCGUGCACGGUGGUCAUCGGCGCCGUUACCGCCGCCCUGUACUACCUAUGGGGCCGCAGACUCCGGUGCUGGUGUGCAGUGACGGGUUCCGGGUGUUUCUGCAGCAGCACUGUCCGGUGGUGGCCGAGUGCUUCCGUCCGACUCCGUGGUGCUGGGGGGGCCGUCUGCAGACGCUUGUGCGCGUCCUCAUCAAGUCCAGCCCCCCCGUCGCCUACAGGAAUGAGCUGAUCAAGACGCGUGACGGUGGCCAGAUCUCUCUGGACUGGGUGGAUAACGCGGGGUGUGAGCAGUACCCUGACGGAGCGGUGCGUCCCACGGUGCUCAUCCUGCCGGGACUCACCGGGAACAGCCGCCAGACCUACGUGCUGCACGCCGUCAGCCAGGCCUCCCGCAGGGGCUACCGGUGUGUGGUCUUCAACAACAGGGGCUUCGGAGGAGAGGAGCUGCUGACCCCGUUGACGUUCUGCGCGGCGGACACCUCAGACCUGGAGCGGGUGGUGACACAUGUGAAGGAGCUUUACCCACAAGCCCCUCUGCUUGGAACCGGAGUGUCACUGGGAGGGAUGCUGCUGCUGAACUACCUGGCGCGUAAAGGUCAGGAGGCGGGGCUUCUGGCGGGCCUCACCAUGUCGGUCAGCUGGGACACGCUGGAGUCCUGCGCCUCUCUGGAGCAGCCAAUCAACUGGCUGCUUUUCAACCGCCACCUCACCGGCAACCUGUGCCGCGCCAUCAAGCGGCACAGGAGGAUUCUGGAGGCUGUGGUGGACGUGGACCAUGUGCUGAAGGCGCGCUCCAUCCGUGAGUUUGACGAGCGCUACACCUCGGUGAUGUUCGGCUACAAGUCGUGUGUGGAUUACUACCAGGCAGCCAGCCCCGGAUACAAGCUGCCCCAGACCACCGUGCCUGUGCUGUGUCUCAACGCUGCAGACGACCCCUUCUCCCCUAAACACGCGCUGCCCGUGUCCCUGGCGUCCACUCUGCCCAACGUGGCGCUGCUGGUGACGUCUGGCGGUGGGCACAUCGGCUUCCUGGAGGGUUUGUUCCCGCGCGGCGAGGGCUACAUGGACCGCCUCUUCGGCCGGCCAGUUCGCUCAGGCCGCCUUCGAGCACACCGCCGCCCUGCAGGCCGCAUGCACGCCCCGCCCCAUGUGUGUGUGUGUGAGCAGGGAUAUUCCUCUCCUGGAUGUCCGGAACCUGGAUGGUGUGGAGCCUCACACACACAUGACGCUCUGCUAGAACUUCUCCUGAGCUACCGGAUCCACUCAGACAUGGAGGCCCAGUUGGAGGAGUUGAGGCGUCAGCUGGAGGAGCAGUGUCAACUGACCCAGAAACUUCAGACAGAGAACCAGAACCUGGAACGGCAAAUUCAAGAGAAAGAGAAACAACUGCAAGAGUUGCAGAGUCGCUUUGAUGAAGCAGUGCCGGGGUCGCGUUCUCAGCGGAACAGCGUGGAGAGCGUUGCCGAGGUGCGGCAGAGUCGAGCCGCCGUCAUCGCACCUGAGCCCCUCACAGAACACCUGGACAUCCCCAGGGUCAAAAAGACCGCCAGCGAGGCGGAGCAGAUCAAGCAGGCCAUCCAGAAGAACGACUUCCUGAGUCGCCUUGACGACGAGCAGAUAUCCAUGAUGGUGGAGCUGUUGGAAGCGCUGGACCGUUGCCCCGGCGACGACGUCAUCGUGGAGGGCACUGAGGGAGACAGCAUGUACAUUGUAGCAGCGGGGGAGCUGAAGGUCACUCAGGGGGGUCAUGUCCUGCGGAACCUCUCGUCCGGAGACGUCUUCGGGGAGCUGGCCAUCCUCUACAACUGCAAGAGGACCGCCUCCGUCAGAGCGGCCACUGCGGUCCGGCUGUGGAGUAUCCAGCGGCAGAAGUACCGCACCAUCAUGACCAACAAGUCCAUCAGGAAGCGCGAGCAGCUCAUGGGCUUCCUGAAGACUGCCCAGACUCUGAAGGCGCUGAAUGACCUGCAGCUCUCCAAAAUCAUCGACUCCAUGGAGGAGGUAAAGUUCCAGAAGAGUGAGGUGAUUGUGCGAGAGGGUGCGGAGGGGAACACUUUCUACAUCAUCCUGGAGGGCGAGGUGCUGGUGACGAAGAAGGUGAGCGGGCAGCAGAAGACCAUCCGCAAAAUGGGCCAAGGAGAGCACUUUGGAGAGCUAGCGCUCAUACGGGAGAUCCUGAGGACAGCCACAUGCACAGCCCUGGGCCCCGUCACCUGCUUCUGCAUCGACAAGGAAGUCUUUGAAGAGACCAUCCCCAUCGAGAAUCUGGAACUGCAUGAUGAACUCAAAGUACUGGAGGCGUCAACUGAGCCUGAGGAUGUUCGGCCUGGUGCGUCUCUGCGGCUGAAGGACCUGCUCCCAGUGUUCUACCAGGAGGGGCGUUACCAGGGCGACCCCGUCACUCUCGGAGUGGGAGGGUUUGGGCGCGUCACACUGGUCACCACAAAGCAUUCUGGGAAGUAUUUUGCCAUUAAAAAAGUCAGCAAAGCGCACAUCGUUGCCAAGCGACAGGAGGCCCAUAUUCUGUUUGAGAAGCGAAUUCUCCAGAUCAUUCAGUGUGACUUCAUCGUAAAGCUGCACGGGGCCUUCAAAGACUCGCGCUACAUCUACAUGGCCAUGGAGUACUGCGGGGGAGGAGAGAUCUGGACCAAGCUCAAGCAAGUCGGGCGGUUUGAUGAGCCGGUGGCAGUGUUCUGUGCUGCGUGUGUUGUGGAGGCGUUUGCGUACCUGCACAAGAAGGGCAUCAUGUACCGAGACCUCAAGCCUGAGAACCUGCUGCUGGACACGCGCGGAUACGUCAAGCUGGUGGAUUUCGGCUUUGCUAAGGAGCUGAGUCGGGGGGCGAAGACGUACUCGUUCUGUGGCACGCCUGAGUACAUGGCGCCCGAGAUCAUCCAGAACCACGGACACGACUACGCCGCCGACUUCUGGUCCCUCGGAGUGCUCGUCUACGAGCUGCUGGUGGGGAGCCCCCCGUUCUCCAGCUCUGAGCCCCAGAAGAUCUACUCCAAGAUCCUGGACGGCGUGCUCAAGUACCCCCCCCACAUGAGCGAAGCGGCCCGCUCCCUCAUCAGCAAGCUCUGCAGACCUCGUCCAGGCCAGAGACUCGGAAACACAAAGAAUGGGAUCAAAGAUGUCCGACAUCACAGGUGGUUCAGCACUGUUAACUGGCACAAGUUGAGAAUGGGACAAGUCGAGGCCCCCACAGUCCGACUCAUACGAAAGGGUCCGUGCUACAUCAACUUCGACCGCUUCCCGCAUGACAAGGCCCUGGCCGAGGAGGAGUUCUCUGGCUGGGACAAAGACUUCUGAGCAGCGCUGGCGUUCCGGAACCUUCCGCCCUGUCCGGGGUUCUGCAGGCGGAAUGUUGGAGAGGAAUGUUGGAGAGGAAUGUUG